GAUUAUUUUGUGAAAUAUACAUCUACAGGUAUUGGAUGCAGGAUUAGUCACUUCAAUCUAAAGUGUCUUCACAACAUUUAUUGAAAGCCAUUUGAACUUGAGUGCGCAUAGUAAGAUACGCAAAGGAAAUCUAUAAACACUUUAGCCAUCUAAACUUGUACUUUAAAUCUGCUAAGGACUUAAAGUUACUUGGAUAUUUUCAUAAUUAUACAUGAUUCUGCUUUGUACUGAAGACAAAAAUGCACUGCACUUUCUCUACUAAUUUAUAAAUCGUCUUGUUAAAAGUUAGAACUGCUGAAUCUGUGAAUAUUUAUGACCGAAAGCUCUGCUUGUUAAAGUCGAGAAGCUGGAGUGGUGCGACAGCGGACAAGAUUUGGCAUUUUCCUACCAAGCCAUGCUGGCCUGUUCUCAGGCUUCCAGCACACCAUUUUCGGUUAAAGACAUUCUCAACCUGUCUGAUCAAGCAGGAUUUGAUCAGGCUCUGCUCUUCCAUGCGCAGAGCCUGGAGAAACUCUUCGACGACGGAAUGGACCCGUUCUAUAUGGGAAGCAAUGGAGGUUCCAUUGCUCCUUCAGCAUCACCCACGUCCCCCUACUUUUUCGGGGAAAUCGUCAAGCAAAACUACCAGCAAGCAACUCCGUUAACUUCUCCUCAUGUCCAGAGUUUGUCUCACCUAUGCCCGCCUUUCCCCAGCGGAAGUCCAGGGUUACUAAACAGCGGGUAUGGUGGAGGGGACUAUGGCGAUGUCAGCAUGUCAUAUAACAGCAAUAUUCUCAGGCAUUCUGGUGUUUGUUCUACGCCCGAAAUGGAAGAUAAAAAACCCAUCAUCUUACAAACAAGCAGUUAUCCUGCCAAUACAACUGCGAGUAACCAGCACAACGUGGGUCAGCAGUCGAAUGAAACUCCAAACAAUCGUGUGCUCACAACUCCUGCUACCAGCACCAACAUCAAGUCCGAAACCACAACUGCCGUCACACAAUCCCAGCCGGCUCGUCAGCGCACCCGGAGGAAACCGCGUGUUCUCUUUUCACAAGCUCAGGUAUACGAACUGGAAAGGCGAUUCAAACAACAACGGUAUCUAUCAGCCCCGGAGAGAGAACAACUGGCGAAUGUUCUUAAAUUAACUUCAACCCAAGUCAAGAUCUGGUUUCAGAACCGGCGAUAUAAAUCUAAAAGGCAACGCCAAGACAAAACUUUGGAGCUAACAGCUGCCAAUCUUCACCAAGCACGGAGAGUGGCUGUACCUGUGUUAGUUCGAGAUGGCAAACCGUGCCCUGCAUACUCAGCAGUACCAACCGGUGGAACACCUGGUUACUAUUCAUCUCCUACAGCUGCAUCUGUGGCUACCACUGUAUCCUCAUACCCGACAUCCGUUGGACCUUAUACACAUUCACAAAUGAACAACAUCCAGCAAACAGGAUCGAACGCUCCUGUCACAAAUGGAGGAAGUGUUUAUAACAAUCUUCAACAAAUGCAUUCGUCCCCUGGACUUCCAGGAUGGUAAAUACCAAAUGCCAAACUCCGUUCAAAUCGAAUAUCUUCAUUGCAGAAGUUCGUUGAUGAAAGUCUGAUUAUUUACAAAAUAUAGGAAGUAGUAAAUUUCACUGAAUUCUUUACCAGAUAUCCAUUGUUUUAGCUGAAAUGCGUAGCAUCAACAACCUUUACGCAUCCUGCGCAUUUCUUUUGUAUGUUUGUAUGAUUUCUACUCAGGUGUUUUUAGAGGACUUCUAUGAAUGAUACAAAUGUUUAACAUCUGUUUAGCGCACAGAAAAAAUUACUAGUAGACAAAUAGAUAUGUAUCUACACCGUGGAUAAGUCAUUCAAACUGUUUCACUUCAGUUUCCGUAGUGCUGGUCACAUACAAAUGUUUGGAUUUCAUCAUUAGUCGGUAUUCAUCAUUUUGAAGUACAAUUUGUGUAAUGUACGGUACCGUGUAGUGCGUGUAAGAAAGUACUCUUGCAUACAGAACAGUGAUAAAAGCAGUACAAGUACCUGUUGAGUUGUAAGUGUGAUCAAAGAAAGAAAAAAAACAAACUUCUUGAGCAAUGCCUUAUUCUAGAAAUGAAAUCACAUUACAAAGGACUGUUAGAUCUACUGUGAAAAUUAUUCACUAGCAAAACUGCUGCAUACUUUUUAUUCCAAAAGACAGAUGUAUGAAGGCGAUGAACUUACUUAUCGGAAUUAUUUCAUUUUCCAGAAUUAUAUGAAUACAACCGUUUCAUUUGAUUAAUCGGAAUUAUUUCAUUUUCCAGAAUUAUAUGAAUACAACCGUUUCAGUUGAUUAAAUUAAAGAAUGUAAUUUACUUACAUUCAUCAUGAAUGUAGUAUUAACUAAUUUAACAUAAAUAUUUAAUAGCAAGAAAUCUUACUUUUUAAUAAUUAUUUAAUUAAAUUUUACAGAUUGCAUUUAUUUUAUCUUUCGGCAGUAUCCGGCAGGAAGUAUGUGAACUCAUUUUUUUAAGUUACUAUUUAAUAUAAUGUGUAUUGUUGCUAACCAAAGAUAUAUGAAAUUAAUUUUAGCUAAAAUUUUAUUUUGCUUCGAGUCAGUUCUUUGCCAAAGAUUUUAUUUUUAUUCAUUGUAUAUAUUAAUUAAUAAAAAAGAUAAAAAAGAUUUAUAAAAUAAUUUUUCAUUUAUGUAUCAUAUUUAUUUCUUUCUUUAAAAUUUAGUUAUAACUGGCGAACCUUUCGCUCUAAGCUUGCCAAAAUUAUGGAAAGCGGCUAAACAUAAAUCUGGUUUCUGGUUACCUCUCUUUCCUCUCUAAAACAAAAGGGAAACAAUUUUCACAUAUGUAUUUAUAUUUUUAUACGAUUCUGUCUUCUGUGCUGUUGUGCAUGAGUGUGGUACUGCCAAAUGCAAGUGAAAUACCAAACUCAAGCAUAUGUGUAAUAAUAACAGCAAUAAUAAUGAGAAAGUAAUAAGAAAAAAAAAACAGAUUUAUUCUUAAAACUGUUUCAUUAUGAAGAACACUUUCAUACAAGACAUGCAUUUAAAAACAGCUAUUAUAAGAGAAGCGGAAAUAGAGAUAAUAAACGAAAAAUCAGCAGUUUGCAGUAGAGAAAUCAAUAUGCAUAAUGAUAAUUGCAUUUAAAAGUAUCCUCUUUUAAAAGUAAUCUUGAAUUGAUUAGAUCGUAAUUAUUUAGUUCAAGUAAAGUACGCAAGAGCUAUCUGCCUAUCUGCCUGAGUUUCAUUCCAGUUUUGAUCUAGGUAAGCUACAGGCGAGGAUCCUUUUCCUUUUACCAUCAAACUCUGGAGAGGGGUUUUUAUACAUCAACAGAUUUCUAAAUGCGCCCCUUCCGCAAAAACAUCCGCCUUAUCUAAAAUUCAAACUUGGGCUCAACGGCGAUUCAGUCAGCCUUCGCUAAAUAUAUAUUUGCGCGGUUAAUUUUCAGUUGGGGAGGGGAGGAGUACCAAAAAGAAAUACCUUAAAUUUGAUUCAGUACAUAUCAGUUAAUUAUUUGUCGUCGAAUUCCAAUAGAAUAAAACUAUAAAUACUUUAGUAUAGGCCGAAAACAUCGCGGACGAAACACAGCGCAGAGAAAACAACGCAAGAGGAAAACAUCGAAAAAACUAUCGAGGGAGAAAAGAAAACGUAGCAGCUCCAAAAAAUCGCAGCUUUAAAAUAUAACUAUAAAAUUUAAUGGUGAAAAAUAAAGCACCCACAAAUUAUUGCAUGAUGCAUCAUUAUUACAUUAUUACAAUAUUGCAUUAUUGCAUCGCGAACACUUGUUUUUACACUUUAAAAGUUUUAAAUGCAUGUUCGCAUGUAAUACAAUAUGUGAGUGCAAGAAGGAAUGAGGAAUAUGUUUACCUCUUUAUUUUCUAUUUUUGAAUAAAUUAGAAAACUUUUUUUUGGAAAAAAAACAAGAAGGAAACUUAAGCAUUCGAAAUCGGAAAACAUGCAGAAUUUAAGGCAGCUACGUAUAAGCCGUUAAUAGAAUUUUAAACUUAUGUAGCUAAAAUUGAUUUAAUUAACUCUUUUAUUGCAUUUUUAGUUUUGCAUGUGUUUGAAAAAGAUCAGAAAAAGGAAACUGAGUAACUAACUGCAUGAGUUUGUCUAGAUUAGAAUCGUAAAAUUAAAUAUCAGUUUGUCUGCGAUGUUAUCAUCUCGUGAUGAUUUGUAGGUACUUAAUUUUUAACCGUGAUAUUUUACACGACAAGUGUUUUAAAACUGUCAGUUUUUUGAACUGUUGUAUUUUCUACGACGAUGUUUUAAAACUGCGAUGUUAAAUAAAUAUAUUUAUAUAGAUAAUAAAUAUAAUAAUAUUUAUAUAAAUACAUAUAUUCGUAUAGAUAAUAAAUAUAAUAAUAUUUAUAUAAAUACAUAUAUUCAUAUACGACGCUGUUUUAGAACUGCUAUGUUAAAUAAAUAUAUUCAAUAGUUCGUCCAGGGAAAUGAGCUGAAAAUGAACUCAAAUGGCGGUGGGGAAAGUAAUUAUUAUCUUCACCAACGCUAGCAUGUAAUAUGUAACACGCAUGUCCUUUGGUUCGCCAUCACUGACAUAGUGAACGAAUUUUAUGAAGCCCAACCGUUAUAGUGGUUACUGGCUCUGACUGGCGUACCAAAGGCCCGGUUUCGAAUCCAGGAGAAGGCAUGGAUGUUUGCAGAUGUAUACUGUGUGUGCAGCCUGGGAACACUGUAAAUGUGCGGCGAGCCGAAGGUCCUCUAGAGAGGUUGGUGGUAGGGAAGAGGGAUGGAACGCCUCGGACCCACCUUCUUUCCAGGGUGCUUUCCAUCAAAAUUGAGGGCAGACAUGAGCAAAGUCGUACUGUACCCUGUAUGGUGCUCAAGGCUUUUGCCAACGACAUGCCAAUCUGGCACUCCUUGCCACGACGAAUUUUAUAGGCUUGUUCUGGUAUUAUUGCCAGACAAGUGAGAUAAGUCACAACAACAGCAAUGAAUUUUAUAUCCAACUAACAAAUCAUGCCUUUUGUUCGAAAGAGAGAGUAACCAAUUUCCAAGAUUGCAUUUGGAAUCACUCUAAUUGCAAUAAAACUUUUAAAGUUGAAAACUUAUUAUGCUUUUGAAGUAAGAUAUUAAUGUGAAACAACCGAAAAUUAUUUUAUAUUAAUAAUUUUUUAAAUCAUGUGUUCCUUAUACGAAAUUUACUUGUCAAAGAAAUAUUACUACUAGAUGUCACUUUUCUAAAUACAAAAGAAAAAUUAUAAUGAUCUCGGAAGGUAAAAUUGUAGAUAAUGAAAGAAAGCUCAACGUAUUAUUCUAAGUAGUGAUCUGCAUGUAUAUGGUUACUAUGCAAAUUCUGUAGAAUUCUGGAUUUUUUUCAUAAAUACUAUAUGUGCAAUGUUUAUGUGUUAAUAAAAGGCCAGUAGCUGUGCUACAGUUUGGUUUGUUGAGAA